AUGUGUCACUUUUGUCAUAGGCUUAACAAAAAUCCACAAGCACCAGCACAUCGUAGUUCAGAAUGUUUGGAUAAAGCAAAUUCUUUUUCACAUAAACCUAUGCAUAAAAGAAUCUAUGAAAAUGGAAAACGUAUUCAAAAAACAAAUUCCGACGAUAUGACCUGCGUAAAAAAAUCAAAUUCCGAUGAUAUGACCUGCGUAAUUUGUAUGGAACAAUUACGAAAUAUGACAUUUAUUCCAUGUGGUCAUGUAUCUACAUGUGAAGUAUGUGCAUCAAAUUUGGUAAAUUGUCCUAUAUGUCGUCAAAGUAUUACUAACAAACAAAAAAUUUUUUUUUGUUAA